AUGUCUCACCUUCCCUCCACUCAACAAUUAUAUCUUGUGCCAAAGAAAGAAGGUAUCGAACAACUCACCCUUCACAAGGACGAGCCCAUUCCUCAACCAAACAGAAACCAAGUGUUGGUCCAACUGAAAGCUUACUCCUUGAACUUUAGAGAUUUGAUGGUCAUUAAUGGACACUAUCCUUCUCCAAUCGAAAACAUUUCCCGACCCAAAGGAUUCAUUCCUCUCUCUGACGCUUCUGGUCAAGUGGUUGCCAUUGGUGAAGAUGUGAAGGAAUUCUCCAUUGGCGAUCGUGUAUCUGGUUUGUUUCAUCCUGACUGGAUGGAUGGAAAGCAUGACACUCCACAAAGAGGUCAUUCAUUGGGCGCAGGUGAUGCUUCGUCGGAGGGAGUUCUUUCCCAAUUGAGAAUCUUUGAGAAGCAUAGUCUUGUGAAAAUUCCCAGUUACUUAUCCUAUGAAGAAGCAUCGACGUUACCAUGCGCCGCUUUUACUGCCUAUCAUGCAUUGUUUCAGAAUAUUGAAAAUAAGGUCGAUGCCACUCAGAUGGUUCUCGUGUUGGGAACUGGAGGUGUUUCAAUGUUUGCUUUGCAAUUUGCAAAGACAGCUGGAGCGAGAGUGAUUGUCACCUCCUCGAGUGAUGAGAAAUUGAAAAGAGUUUCCAGGAAUUUGGAGUGGAUUUUACAAUUUAUUACAAAACAAAUCCAAAUUGGGACGAGAAGGUGCGAGAGUUCACUUCAGGAAGAGGUGUCGAUCAUGUGA